CCAUCCUUCAACUUCGCAGUGGUCGAAAAAUGUAUGUUCCGAUGAGUCGAAAUAAUUCCAGUACAGAGGUAUUUUCUAUACCCUAUGGUUCGGCUAUAUAUGAGCACCUACACGGCCUUGAGCGACUUGUAGUGGAUCAAGGCGAUGAGAAAACCGCGAACCUUCUCAGGGCAAUCAUAUCGUCACCAGAUCCCUUAGACAAACUUCGAGCCGCCCUAGGCAAUAAUCGGAAGGAAAGGUCAUGUACUGAACGUGAGCUCUGGUUUAAGAACUGGAACGAUGGGGUAUUAUCUGAGAAGCAGGCUAGGUUUCUUGCCUCUGUUACUAAGGACUGGGUACUUGAUGGCAUUGCCGUAUCCAUUGUCUCUGCAUAUGCUCGGCUUUGGAUUGAGCAACCCCGUGCGUUCUGGUAUGGAGUACCAGCAGACCAUGAUAUACUCCGGCGAUGCUACAAUGAGAAAAAAGUCAUUGAAGAAGUUGUUCCUACAAGGGCGAAGGUGAUCUCGUGGAUCACAGCUCAAGAAGUAAGAAAAGAGCAAAAUAGAAUUAGGGAGUGCGGGAAUAGGAGAUACAGACGCAGGGCUAAGACUCGCAAUGGUGAUGAAGUUUUUCUCGGACGGGCUUUACAGGAAAUCUGUCGUCAGCACUGGGGUGUUGUUGACAAAGACAAGACGAGAUGGCUACGAGACGAAUCGCGCGAAGGCUCAAAGUGGCAUUAUAUAGACAAUCCUGGUAUCAUUUUGUCACUGUAUAAGGCUGGGAGCACGCGAAUUACGAGACACAAAUGGGAAAAGGUAGAGGUCAAGGUGUUAAAUGAAUUCGUCGCAACUCUACCUCAAAUGAGAAUAUGCGAUCUUCUGAAUGAAGCGUUCGGUCAUAUAGCACAAGAUUAUUUAUCUCUGGGCACCGGAGAAAGACAUGCACUGUCGCCGUCGUCCAUCAGCCGUCAUGACAGUUCCGCGGUUGCAUCUCUAGCAGAAUAUCAGAGUGCGGACUUACCGCAAGACGAGACAACCGACGCUAUACGCGGCCGAGACCAAGACGUUGCAGGCUCAACAAAUCCGACUACCGAGUCCAGACCAGAAGUCAAUGGUACCAGCGACUUGGAGUCGUCGGACGCCAAUUCCUUGACGGUUCAUUCGACAUCCGACGAGGCGUCCAACCACUGGGUUUCCAGCACAGUGGUAGGUUGCAACUUGCAACUCCAGCCUGUCAACAAUGAGCCGUCAGAUGAACAGGCAGCUUCGGUUCUUUACGCUUUUCGGAACCCACAAGCAGCUUCGGUUGUUCCUACAAAUCAAGAUUCAGAUCUGCAUGAUUCAGAGUCUCUCAGACGGUCAGUUCAAGACUCGCAGGGAAGUGAGGCAAGCCAGGAUCACACAGUUUAUGCCCAGUUACCUGUCACGGCUACACCACAGCCGGAGCACCAGUUGAAUGCAUCAAAUUCGGCACAGUUUCAUCCUUUACUGGACAAUCUAAUUAGUGAAUCCUUUCGUGUACAAAACCCAGCAGCUACUAUUGUUGAAGGCCCAUCGUCUCAGUGGCAACACAGUGCCUUACAAUCAAACGAGCCCCUGGAAAAUGGUGACCAAGCCUACCAGGUACCUCUGGGACACUGGGACCAAGCCUAUCACGUACCCUUGGAAAACGGUGGCCAAUCCUACCAGGUACCUUUGGGACACUGGGACCAAGCCUACCAGGUACCCUUGGAAAACGAUGACCAAGUCUACCAGGUACCCCUGGGACACUGGGACCAAGCCUACCAGGUACCCUUAGAUAAUGGUGACCAACUCUACCAGGUACCCCUGGGACACUGGGACCAACCCUACUAGGUACACUUGGAGAAUAGAAAACAAUCAUACCACGUACAAUUAAAUGACCCCUUGGAAAGCUGGAAUUGGAAUCAUUUCGUCGUGCAGUCUUCUAGGGUACAGGAUAGUGUAUCAAAUCCUCCGACACCGAUUUCAGUCUGAUGACUUGUACACCAGGGUCUGAAACAUCCCUCCACCGCCUGUCGGAUGAGUAUAAACCAAAUCACCUCUCCAUAUCACAGCAUCUCCAGCCUCAAGCCGCAUUUGUACAGUUCUAUUUUCAUCGGGUAUUGGGUGAUCAGCACGAGAACCUUCGUAAAAUAUAUACCAUCCAUUGUCGGGACUAAGAUCAGUAAGGGCGAUGGUAACAUAUAUUUCAUCCCGAGCUGCGGUCUUCUUGGGCAAGGAUGGGUUUGCUUUUGUCUCUCGGAAUUUACCCGCAAAAACGUGAUUCCGUUUCAAGCGUCGACGAAAUAGCUGUGAUAAUAAAUCCAAAUUCUCUUGCUAGAUAUACAUUAG